UGCGGCCCAGCGCUGCCGGUUUCCGGGGGGCAGGACCGAUCGCUUCUCUCUCUCUCGCCGUCUCUGUGCCGUUGGCGAAGCUGAGGUGGUGCUGCGAGGCGAGACGGGCCUGGCGCUGCCGCGGCGGAGAAGCAGCUAGCCGGACUCCUGGCGGAGGAGGAGGCGGAGGAGGAGGAGACCGGGGACGCGCUAGUAGGGGCCUAGGCCGGGAGGGGAAGCUCUCCGCGCCGCCACGACGACGACGACGACGACGGCCAAGAUGCUCAAUAUGUGGAAAGUCCGGGAGCUGGUGGACAAGGCCACCAAUGUGGUCAUGAAUUAUUCAGAAAUCGAGUCUAAGGUUCGAGAAGCAACCAACGAUGAUCCGUGGGGACCUUCAGGGCAACUCAUGGGAGAGAUUGCCAAGGCUACCUUUAUGUAUGAACAGUUUCCAGAACUUAUGAACAUGCUUUGGACACGAAUGCUGAAAGACAACAAAAAGAACUGGCGGAGAGUUUAUAAAUCUCUGCUGCUCCUAUCUUACCUCAUAAGGAAUGGAUCAGAGCGUGUUGUUACAAGUGCCAGAGAACACAUUUAUGAUUUGCGAUCCCUGGAAAAUUACCACUUUGUAGAUGAGAAUGGCAAAGACCAAGGUAUAAAUAUACGUCAGAAGGUGAAAGAAAUGGUAGAAUUUGCCCAGGACGAUGAUAGACUUCGUGAAGAGAGGAAAAAGGCAAAGAAAAACAAAGAUAAAUACAUUGGGGUUUCUUCAGACAGUGUUGGAGGAUUCAGAUACAAUGAAAGAUACGAUACUGAGCCGAAGUCCAAGUGGGAUGAAGAAUGGGAUAAAAACAAAGGCGGAUUUCCAUUCAGUGAUAAGUUAGGUGAGCUGAGUGAUAAAAUCGGGAGCACAAUUGAUGACACCAUCAGCAAGUUCCGGAGGAAAGACAGAGAGGAUUCUCCAGAAAGAUGCAGUGAUAGUGAUGAGGAAAAGAGAUCUAGAAAAGCUAAAUCGCCUAAAGGAGAAUUCAAAGAUGAGGAGGAGACAGUGACCACAAAACACAUCCAUAUUACACAAGCCACAGAGACCACCACCACCAGACACAAGCGCACAGCAAAUCCUUCCAAAACCAUUGACCUGGGAGCAGCUGCACAUUACACAGGGGACAAAGGAAGUCCAGACCAGAAUGCUUACACUCAGCAGUCUACAGCAAAGGUUCCUGGCAGCAAGUCAUCUGGUGACCUGGUCGAUCUUUUGUUCGAUGGUACUGAUCAAUCAGUCCCAACAGGUGGAGCCACUGACCCCUUCGGAGGGUUUGCGGACUUUAGCUCUGCUGCCGCCGCCUCUGCCUCAGCAGGCUGCCCCCCAUCACAAGGUACAACAGCAAGUGGGAAUGGAGAGUUUGGCGACUGGAGUGCCUUCAACCAAACCUCUCCAAGCCCUGCUGCUUCAGCUGGAGAGCUCUUUGGUGGCUCUGCUCAGCCAGCUGUUGAGCUCUUUGGUGGCUCUGCUCAGCAGAGCCUUGGCCAGCCUCCAGCUGCUUCAAAUCCUUCUGACCUCUUUGAUUUGAUGGGUACCUCCCAAGCCACCAUGACCUCUUCCCAAAGCAUGAAUUUAUCUAUGAUGGGUUCCAGCACUGUCAGCAUCAAUCUACCUAUGUCAAGGUCACAGCCUUUGCAUGGUGUUAACCCAAUGAUACAGAAGCCUAAUCCACUUUAUAAUAUGGGCACAGAGAUGGUCCCCAAAAAUGUAGGCAAAACCCUGCCAUCCACUUGGUCAGACCCUAGUGUAAAUAUCAGUUUGGACAAUUUAGUUCCUGGUAUGCAGCCUUCCAAGCCCCAGCAACCAUCACUCAACACAAUGAUUCAGCAACAAAAUAUGCAACAACCGAUGAAUGUGAUGUCUCAGAAUUUUGCAACCAUGAGCCUCAACUCACCACCCAGCAUGAUGCCUGCUCGACCUCCUGCAAACCCAUUGAUGGGCGGGCCUGUUCCCAUGGGAAUGCCCACUGUGAUGACUGGCACAAUCGGGAUGGCUUCCAUGGGAGGCACACCUAUGAUGAACCAGGGCAUGAUGGGAAUGAAUGUGAACAUGGCAAUGCCAACUUCUGGAAUGGGUUUGUCGGGCAUGGGCAUUACUAAUAUAGCUGUGGCAUCCUCCAUGACUCCUGGAACUGUGCAACCUAAGCAAGAUGCCUUUGCAAAUUUUGCAAAUUUUAGCAAAUAAAGAUUGUAAACCAAUCAGAUUGAAUGAAGGAUUUUAGCUGCACAAAUAAAGCUGGGAUAAGGGUUGAAAAUGCUGAUCAAA